AUGCCCACUACAUGGAAGUUGCAUAAGGAUGAGAAUGAAGUUGAUGUUGAUCAAAUAACUUAUAGAUCCAUCAUUGGAAGCCUUUUAUAUCUAACAGCAACAAGACCAGAUAUCGCCUUUAGCUUUGGUUGUUGUGCUAUAUUUCAGGCUAAUCCAAAAGAAUCGCAUCUUGCAGUUGCAAAACGGAUCAUAAGAUAUGUACAUCAUACUAUUGGUUAUGGUCUCUCUUAUACAUUUGAUACUAACACUGAUCUUACAACGUAUUUUGAUGCGGAUUGGGAAGGUUGUGUAGAAGAUAGGAAAAGCACAUCUGGAGGAUUCUACUAUGUAGGACUCAAUCUUGUUGCCUGGCAUAGCAAGAAGCAAAACUCUUAA